UGCCCUGAUGUCAGUUUGCACAGCAGCAUUCAAUCAUUUCUUCUCCAAAAGCUGCGUUCGAUCGAUCUCAGAGUUGAAGUUUUCAUUUGCAAGUUAGAUGGACUACAGUUCUGACGAAGAGUCAGAUAUAAGUGAAUCUGAGAUUGUUGAAUACAAAGAGAAACCAUAUGAACAACUGAAGACUGGUAAAUAUAAAGUAAAAGGCACAAAUGGCACACUUAGAUGUCCCUUCUGUGCUGGGAAAAAGAAACAAGACUAUCGCUAUAAGGAUCUGCUUCAGCAUGCUUCAGGAGUAGCUAAAGGCUCUGCCAACAGAAGUGCAAAACAGAAGGCAAACCACCUGGCCUUGGCAAAGUAUUUGGAGACUGAUCUAGCGAGUGAAUCGGAUCAAGCUCCUCGUGCGGUUGAACCGAAACCUGUUACUCGAACUCAGGAGCAAGAUGAUCUCUUUGUCUGGCCUUGGACAGGAAUCAUCACUAACAUAGUGACUGAGCAAAAGAAUGGAAAUGACUUGGGUGAUAGUGCAUAUUGGUUGAAAAAGUUCUCUAAACAUAAGCCUCUAGAAGUUCAUACUUUCUGGAAUGACAUGGACCAAACUGCAUUAGCCAUAGUGAGAUUCAAUAAUGACUGGACUGGUUUCAUGAAUGCAACAGCAUUUGAGAAAGCUUUUGAAGCUGAUCGUCACAGUAAAAAGGAGUGGAAUGUGCAGAAACAGCAUCCUGGUUCAAAUAUUUAUGGGUGGGUUGCUCGUGCUGAUGACUACAUUUCAGAAGGACCUGUAGGGGAGUAUCUUCGCAAAACUGGGGAAUUGAAAACAAUCUCUGACAUUGUUGAAGCAGCAAAGCAGGAUAGGAACACUAUUGUCGCAAACCUAGCCAAUGAAAUUGAUUUAAAAAAUGAGAAUCUUGAUGAGUUGCAAUACAAAUACAAUGAGAAGAGCAUGUCACUAAGUAGGAUGCUUGAAGAGAAAGACAAGCUACACCAUGCUUUUUAUGAAGAAACAAGGAAGAUGCAACGGCUUGCACGGGAUCAUGUCCAGAGGAUUCUAGGGGAACAGGAGAAGCUGAAUUAUGAGUUGGACUCCAAGAGAAAAGAACUUGAUAACUGGAGCAAAGAAUUAAACAAACGUGAAGCUCUAACUGAACGUGAGAAACAAAAACUUGACGAUGAGAAGAAAAAGAAUAAUGAUAGAAACAAUUCACUUCAAAUGGCUUCCAUAGAGCAGAGAAAGGCUGAUGAAAAUGUCUUAAAGCUGGUUGAAGAGCAAAAGAGGGAGAAAGAGGAGGCACUUAGUAAGAUACUUCAGUUAGAAAAGCAGCUAGAUGCUAAACAGAAGUUGGAGAUGGAAAUUGAAGAGAUAAAAGGGAAAUUACAGGUGAUGAAACAUCUGGGAGAUGAAGAUGAUACUGCAGUUCAGAAUAAGAUGAAAGAGAUGAAUGAAGAGUUGGAAGAAAAAGUUGGCGAAAUGGAAAAUUUGGAAUCUCUAAAUCAAACUCUUAUAGUUAAAGAGCGUCAGAGCAAUGAUGAGUUACAAGCUGCUCGUACAGAAUUAAUUACAGGUUUGAAAGAUAUGCUGAGUGGCCGCACUAAUAUUGGGUUAAAGAGAAUGGGGGAACUUGAUGAAAAGCCAUUUCUCAAUACAUGUAAGCAAAGAUUCUCACUUGAAGAAGCAAAUGUACAGGCCUAUACUCUAGUGUCCUUGUGGCAAGAGAAUCUGAAGAAACCAGAAUGGCAUCCAUUUAAAAUUGUUGAAGUUGAAGGCGAGACCCUGGAAAUAAUAAAUGAAGAGGAUGAGAAGCUACAAAAGCUCAAGCAAGAGUGGGGUGAUGAGAUAUACAUGGCAGUUACUAAGAGCUUGAAAGAGAUUAAUGAAUAUAAUCCAAGUGGUAGAUACACGGUUUUUGAGCUCUGGAACUUCAAAGAAGGAAGGAAAGCCACAUUGAAAGAGGUCAUUCAGUAUAUAUUGAAGAAUAUGAAGACACUUAAGCGCAAGAGAUGACGAUGCUAAAGGAAAAAGCAGGGAAUGAGGUUUGUGGAGGAAGCAGGUUGCUGAGAGCUGCAGCAAUAUGAAGCUUGAAGGUAGGGAGGGAAUUUCUUUUUAAGCUCUAUUUGGUGCUGGCUUAGGACAUCUGUUUACUUGUUCUUGUUGUUAGUAGUUGCAAAUGGAUCUGAUUCAUGUAAGGGGGACUCUAGUGGAGAAAGUUCCCUGUGGACCCUGAAAUUUAAGUAGUGUAAGAACGGGUAUGUCGGGUUUAGCUAAGGAAUGCUUUGGCACUAUUGUAAUAUGGUGGUGUUGGACAUCCAUAGAUAAGUCCUGAUCCAAAACUGACUUGGGUAGAGUGUGGAUGCUGGGAAGAUGAAUUUGAAAUGGGUGUGCAUGCAGAAUGGUUUCAGUGACUUUGAUAUAGUAUGCGGGGAUAUAGGGACAAACAGUUGACACUUCCAACCCAAUUCAACAAAGCCUUGCGCCCAAUUACUAGAGUUGGCUACAUGUUAAUGUAGAAAGGGUUGCCAAACGAGCUUGUGGGAUUAAACUUGAUGUUUGCAUAAAUAGACUUGUAUGCAGUUUUGACGUAA